UCUCUCUCUUGAAGCUGUUGACAUCACAUCACUUGGGAAUCAUUGGAUUUUUUGAAGUUAUACAUUGCGAAUCGCUGUAUAGAAUUACAAAGUUGUAUAGAACUUAUGCAUCACAUCAUGGCACCAAAGAAAGACAUCGCUUCACAAGGUAUGCUUCAAUCUUGUUUGUUGUUUUAAUCAUAUUUACCGAAUUAACAUCAGCUUGACAUCCAGUUCCAUUACUGACACUGACUCCACGAAACUGACAGAGCGUCAAGGUAGCAACCAUUCACGGUUUCAAGUCAUGUGUGGGAUUCAGACAGUUUUCCCCAGCUUGUACAAGCAAAACAAACAAGUUAUUAACGUAUCGACUCUCAUUUGGCAUAGCGUCAGGGUUACGGGUUCAAGUCCUGCGUGGGACUCAUCAAUGUCCAUGUUAAAAUUCCUUUUAUAAACCGAAUCACCCAAAUUUUCUCAAAUUGUACAGUACUUGUGCAUUUAACUCAUGAACAAAAUGCUUCACUUCACAGAAUGCUAUAUGUCCGUCUCUAGAUGUAAAUUUUUCUACAUUGACUUGCUAAUUUCCAACCACUUAAUCUUACACAAAUAACUACUGAGAACAAGUAUAGCGUAACUGGUGAUUAGUGUCAAUUAUAUUGGUCGUGUUCAGCAAAGUCAUGUCUAACUCCUAGAUUUAACAAUAUCCAACGUCCUGUCGAAGACGCUUCUCUCGUAAUAUCCCAGAACAUUUUGACCUGAAGAUAGCGCACACAAACCAGCUAUGUGUUAGGUUUAGUCGCCUGAGGGUAUUCGUGAUCAAAAAUGAAAUAUUGCUUUCGCUCCAAAGUCCAUAUCCCCUCGGUUGUGAUAAUAACAACACACCCAUAUUUUUGAUUUUGUAUAUAUCAACUCAUUCUCCAAUCCUAAUAAUUCAUGUAAUUCCUUUUACGCACAUGCCCUUAUUCUUCUGACUCAUAACAACCAACGAAAUAUUCCUUAGAGAUUUUAUUAAAAGCUGCCAUUUUAUAUGCGAGUUUAAUUAACUGUUUAAUUUCCUUUCGCUCCGAGGAAACUCCUAAAAUCCUUCUUAGCCAAUCAAUACAAUUUCAAGCUUUAGUGCAUAGUUCACGAACGACACAUAUGCAGCUGCAGGCAGUUAUCAAAGUGAGAAAAUAACGUUAAAUCUUUUCGUUUUUUGAAAUAAGAUAGCGUAUACGUGACUGGGAUGACGAAAAGGACCUUCGUCCUAAUUUUAAAAACCAGCACUUGUUGUUUCCUACUCACCACGCCUGCCUUUCAAGCUGGGAGAGCUGGGUUCAAUGGUCGGACCUCUACUCAAGGUCUUACAAUAAUUGAGAAGAAAGUGCUACCUUUACAUUGACAUCAGUACAUGGUUAGACUUUCGCGUCUUCUCGGAUAAGGACGUUAAAUCGUCGGUACCUCGGGUCCCCUAUCUCAACUGGGCUAUAGCCUGUUGGGAAAUCUGCUCACCAAUGAUGAGAAACUCGAUAAAUCUGACCCCUUAUAACUAUGCACUUUUUGGGUGCAUGAACAAACGUUGCCUAUUUCGCAGUUCAUCAACUUAAAUCCUCACUAAAUAGCUUUUUAUUUCAUUCAAGGUGAAGGAACUCAAAAUGGCGAGACUACGAACGCAAUGGACAGUGCCGUGAACAGAAUCUUCAACACACCAGACUGGCAACCGGAUUCUGGGAUCAAGAUUUCGUGCUCGCGACGUAAAAGCAAAGACAAGUCACACAUUCGACGACCGAUGAAUGCAUUCAUGAUCUAUGCCCAGGCCGCUAGACGCAAGGUCGCGCGAGAAUAUCCAAACCUCAGCUACGCUCAACUCAGCAAAACUCUGGGGAAACUCUGGCGCUUGUUAGAUGUGAAAGAAAAACAGCCGUUCAUCGAGGAAGCUGAAAGACUUCGCCAACAACACAAAGUCGACUACCCCGAGUACAAAUUCCAACCGAAACGAAAGUCACGAAAAGGUAGCACGGAUGAAAGCGAGAAUAUCGUCUCGGAACGCGACCUACUCACACUUCUCAAAUCGAACGUUACCACGAAUUUGUCAAACAUGAACACGAAUACUCGCCCGACAAAUACCGACAUGUCACGAGUCCUGUACAACUCAUCGCUUCAUAUCAACACGAACUUUUCCGAUGGCGUUCCGAAGGCGCCCGUCGUCAAAAUGGAGCCCGAACCUCGACAAGACGAAAUGCUGGAAGACAUACUGUCGGUUCUUAGCGACAUGGAGAACGAAAAAACAAACCUAAUUUACCCCACAAAAUUAACCCCACCCCCAUCACCAGAGUAUAACUUAACCCUUCUCCACUCUCGAGGUAUAGACACCACUCCAAACCCCAUAUUCCCCACCUAUCCAAUACCUAACUUUAAUAACAACGAUACGACAGCGCUAACGAACUAUCUAUCGGGAUAUCAUAGUUACGAUGACACUAGAUUCAGUCAAACUCUGUCACAACCCUUGUCAAAUCCGUUUCAGAGCAAUGAAGCGCUUCAACACACUCAGAAUACAACGGCCAACACGGAACUCUCGAAUCAAUAUACAAAUUUAGUCACUGUAAUUUAAUUCAUACAAAAUAUGAACAAUGUCUAUAAGGAAAGGGGCUGUAUGGCUACUUUUUCUAAAUUAGUGACUGUUAUAUAAUAUAGAGAACAUUAUUUAUACUAAAGGGGCUCUGUGUGGCUAUAAUUUAUAAUUCCAAUAAACAAAAAAUGAAAAUAAUUUCCAGUAACAAUCUAUUUCAAUUCAGUCUUAGUAAGCCAACAUGCAUUAUGUCAUUUGUCAUCCAAUUCACAUUUUCAGAUAACUUGCAUGCCUAGUUACCACUGCUCAGCAUUUAGAUAUUGCAUGCGAGUGAAUUGGACAGUAAAUGGCUGUUCACAUCAAGUUGUUAGAUAUGACCAAGCUUUGACAAUUGAAUGAGUUAGUAAAGAGUCUAUUUGAAGGCAUAAAUUGUAACAAAACUUGAACAAAAAUUGAUCAUAAGAAAGAGGUUAAACUGAAUUCCAAAAGUCGCCACAAUGAUCCCUUAAAUAGAGUAGUUUGAUCACAAGAACAUGUAUAUAUAUUUCAUUGACCAGAUAUUGUAAAUACAUCGUUUAUAUUCGUAUACUUUCAUCACAUCUAAUAAAAC